CGACGACAAUAUUGACAAGCCGGUUUAUUUGAAUCAAAGCAAAGUGGUUCAACGAAAUAUAGUUAUCAUCUUGAAAAAUUGGAUACGUUGUCAGCAACAAUAAAACAUGGAGAUUCACAACAAAGUUUUUAAAUCCAAUAUCACGAGGACCGCCUGUAUACCAAAAAAUAAUCUAUACGAACUUAUUAAUACUUCUCCCGUUGCUCCUCUUGUAAUAGAAACAAAAGAACUAGAAACAUGUGAUUUUAAACCGAAAACAGACAAAUUCUAUCUAUCGAAGAAAAAAUCCAAACAAAAAGUAAAAACUGUCAGAGAUAUCAGAAACUUAUUUGAGAUAGACAUGUAUAACUUAUUUUCUGUUGAGGUCGAGAAGCAGGCAGCUACUUUAUUGAGAAAAAUAAAAUCUGGGCUUGCUAAUGACGAAUGUACACGAAAACUUGCAAAAAGUAUUUUGAAAUCUGAUACACCUAUAAGCAGAUCUGCCUGGCAAAUGUUGUCAACUAUUAAUCCAGAUGGACACAAAAAUCCUAAGCAAUAUGUGUUAUUAGACAACAAACACAUUUUGGUUAAUGGGAGCAAAGGAGGAGAACAGAAAAUCAUUGAUCAGAUAAAUGAGAAAAUAUCAAUAAAGAAGACAACUAUUGCUAUGAAAAAGAAUCAUAGAAAAAAAGGAUUAUUACAAAAUUCCUUAAUAGUAAAAUUUAAACCAGGGCCGCUCCAAAAGAAAAAAUAUCUAGAUGAUUCUCACCAAAAAUAUAAUGUCGGUAAUACUGAAUUGGUAAAUCUUCCUAAACUCGGCCUUUCUGUAAGUCCUGCUUACGGUGUGACGCUGGAUUCUAAUGUGACAAAUUUUUUAAAUAAUUUACGCGAUAAAGACGGAACUUUGACUCAAAACUGGGCCGAAUUUGCUGUGACAGCUUUAGGAACACUAAAAGACUGUAAUCCAAUUCAAAAUGAUGAUCGAGCUGUUACAUUUAACAUAGACUAUAGACUAAAUCAGAGAAGAAUUUUGAUGCGACGAGAUGUCAUUAAUAAAACUGAUUUUUUCCCAGCUGAAAAUAAAAAAACUGAAUCGCAAAUUUCUUUAGAUGAUCAAAGUUGCGCCGUUUCUGUAGCAGCUGAAGUUCGUAGUAUAAUGGAUAAAAUUUUAAAUUCAGUUGAAAUAAGUAUUGAACAAGAUACGUUUUUCACAGGAGCAGAUGAACCUCGAGAGGUUAUUUAUGAUGACUCUACUAAUUUAGCGAAAGGAAAGAACAAAAAGAGAUAUUGUGAAUUAGACAGACUUGAUGUUACAGUUAUUCGAUUACCGGAAAAGAAAAUUCAUGAAAAACAAAUAUGCAAUAAAUCACAUUGUUCACUUGGGUGUAUAUGUAAAUCUUUAGAAUGCAGUUAUAAUUUAAAAAAUCAUUGCGGUCUUAUAGAAUGUAUGUUCGAAUGCAAAUGUGACUUUUCAGAUUAUAGAACUACAGAGUGUCUGCCAAAUGAUUGCCAAGAAUUAAUACCUGGGUUGAUCAACUUUAAUAAUGAAAUCAAUUUAAAAUUGGCUAAAGAAGAAAAAAAGUUUAAACAAACUGUUGUAAUGGCUGGUGAAAAAAGUAUCGUGUUGAAAGCAAGAAAAAGAAAUUGCAAAAUAACACAAAAAUAUGCUGAGUAUCAUGCGAAUAUGAAACGGUUUAAAAGAGACCCUGAAGCCGGCCCAGAAAUUAUCGUUGUGGCUCACAAAUUAAAUUGUACCAAUAUAGAACCUUGGUGCAUGGUUCAUAAUUUGUAUAAAUGUUUCUGUAAAGGUAGAUUUACAACUAAUUUACAAUGUUUGGAUGGUGACGAGAAGUUUGUGAAUAAAAGUUUUCCAAGCAAAUCAGAGGCGUUAAACAAUGAUCAAUCGUUGAAACAACUAAUAAAAAUUGACGAUAUUGACAAAAUCCACACAAACUAUUUAAAGGAUAAAAAAAGAGACGAACAACCUGAAAUCCUUGACAGCUUUGAGCUUAAUGAACUUAGUACUUGUGCCAGGAUUAAUCCUUACCAAGGUAGAAAUCAUGACGAAAAUUACUAUAAAGAAGUACAAGGUAAAAUUAUCAAUAUGGAGAAAAACGAUCGGCAAUUAGCGAAAAGAAUGAUAAAGUUACAAAAUAUUUCAGAAAAUAAGGAACACGAUGAUUGCUCUGUAAUAGAGCCGGAAGAUAAAAACAUUAAAUUUGAAAUUAUAGAUGAUAACUAUGAAAAUGAUCUUGGUGAACUGAGGGACAUUAACGAAGUAAAUUCUUCAGAACCUCUAAAUUUAGUUGAAAUUAUUAACAAUUUAUGGAAUAAAAAUAAGGGUCCCAAUUAUAUUAGAAGUGCAAAAUACAAAAAAAAUUUAGUACGAUGGUUUGAAUCAUCGUAUAAGCUUUACAAAAACAAAGUUAAGGAAGGUUUCAAGAUAUGCUUAGAAGCUCCAAGAAUAGGAAAAUUAGCGUUGCACCCAUGGGAAUUUAUUCUUAGCAGAUAUAGAGAAAGGAAGAAUUUUUUUAUGGUUUCUAAAACUGAACCGUUCCGAAUAUUUCUAUCCGUUAAUUUGAAAAAUCCCUUCUUUAAUGACUGCAUCAACAUUGACAAAAUAAGAUUUGUGGACCUCCAAAAAUAUCCCUUAACUAUAAAAAACCUACUAACUAAUGCAACUGAUCUAGAAGAGAAUUAUUGCAUUUUGUACGGUUUUUCGGAUUGGUGGGAGUUAAUCGGUACAGUCUCAAAAAUAAGGAGUAAGGGUGAAAAAACCAUCGAUAACCAGACUAGUAGCUUAAAAUCACCCAAACCACGCUUCUCAUCUGGUGAUGAAACUUCUAAUUUUGCAAAGUCAGACGAAGAUUCUGAUACAUGGUCCUAUUUAGUUCCUGACGAUGAUGAAGAUACUGACCAAAUGGUGUUGUCUAAUGAACCAGGUGCACUUAUUUCAGAACCAAAAUCUUCUUUAAAACAGUCGAUGAGUGAAAGUACAACAUCGUCAACAAUUACAAUUAAUGCAAAUCAAGAAAACGUUCCUUCCAAAAAUUGUUCAACUUUCAAUAAAAACAAAGAAGGUUGUUCAAAGUGGUUCAUGAUGACUGUAGAAAAUGAUUUUAGUGAAAUCCGCUUCAACAAUGGUGGAUUUUUUGUUACUUAUGACAAAAUUGUAAAAGCGAUCAAUGUUGCCCGUAUCUCUGGUAAAGCUGUUAGAUUAUCGUCACAAAAGUGUGCUCCAAAAAACAGUGGCCCCCAAUACGGUUUAUAUGCCAUUCCGGAUUCUAAUGAAUAUUGUGUAUUCAUAGGGCCAUAUGAACCCAAUGAAUCGUUGGGUAUACAAACUAUUAAAACAAUUUUACAUCUACGAAAACAAAACAAAACCCGAGGUAUUUGGAUAACUACAGACAAAAUUGAUAAUCAUAAGCUUAUACAUAAUCCUAUGUCAUUCAUUCCUAACCUGAAAGACGGUUGCAGUGAAAUGUUGCCACUGCAAAAUUAUAGUAGUUCUCACAGUACAGAACCAAUCGAUAUUAAAAAAGCAGGCAGAAUCAAGGUAACAGUACUUGAUAAAAAAACUUUAAGCGAUACUGAGCUUUCACCUGAAAAGAACACAAAAAAAUUACCCACCAUAAAUAUAAAGAGAACUAAUGAUUUCUAUCACAUCGGUUCUAAUGGUAACAUUAAAACGGUGACAAAUUGGAAUCCCCAUUUACUUGUUGAUAAUAAUAAGCCAACCGCGAGUUCUGUGUCCAGCGAAUCUUCAAUAGAAAAUAAUGAUAGUUCAAACAAUACUCCGAUGAGUCAAAAAUCAGAUUCACAUCCAAAAACACUUUCUUCUACAGUUCCAGCAUUUAAGUUCCCGCAAAGGGGGAUGUUUGUUUUAAAACCUGAACAAAUCAAUAAUAAAUUACUAUUAUCCAAUACCCUAAGCAAGGUCUUGAACAGAAAUCCAGAAGUCUACGAAGAGAUAAAAAAUAUUAAGGAUGAUAUAAAACCACUUGAUAUUAAUAUGUCAGAGGAUGUUCUUAUAAUUUCCGAUGAUGAUGACGAUGAUGGUGAUUCAAAAAGUCUUAUUAAUGAUCCUGAGAAUGACUGUGAGAAAAUAACAGAAGUUUGGAUACAGUGCAGUAAUGUGUUAAACUUUGGUUGGAUAAAAGGAACAAGAAAUAGUGAAAAUCUUAUAAGCUUGCAAUUUCCAGGAUUUUACCCCACAAGUUAUUAUCGAGAGUCGGAAGUCUUCACUAAAAUCAAUGGAGUGCUGUGUGGCUUAAUUCAAGUUCCCAAAAAUUUCGUUUUCGAAUGGCAGGUACUGGAAUCGGAAAAUGAACUUGAUAGUGAACCUUUGGAAAUUAGUAAUUUUAAAUCAACUAAGAAUAUAAUAAGGAAAAGUAUUAAAAACAAAUUUGAAGUAAUUAAAUCCCAAGAGUUACUUGAAGAGUCAUCGAAUAGUAACGACUUUAGUUCCAGUGCAAAUUUAAAUACUUCUAAAGAGAUGUCAGAUUUCAUAAACGAUUUAGAAAUAAAAAGUCAGAUGCUCGAAGAAGGUACAACAAUGUGGAAUGCAACGAUGAUGAAAAAAGAGGAAAUAUUAUCGUCACUAACCGAUACAAAUUUAACGGAAUCAUUAACUGAAAAGCUAAAAGUGAUUAAAUCCAUGGCUGAAGACGAAUAAAUAUGUUUAUAGUAAUAAAUACAUAUGUAUAAAUAGGAAACCUACCACAAAUACCAUAUAUACGCAAUGAUGACCCCGUUGCCAAUGGAUUCAGCUUUUCUGACGACUGAAAUCUGGCUGCUUGAUCUAAAUGUGAAAUGAAACUAAUCACUCAGAUACAUUGCAUCGUUUUAGCUGAAUUUGAUUAUUGUAUAAUGAAAACCUAAAGUAAACUAACUCCAGACACGUAUUUCAGUAGAUGCUUCUCCGAA